UCGAUAUUCUCGCCCUCACACAGAGUAAACACAGAGCUCCUCGUCCUGCUCUGACAUUUCACCUGAACACGGCAGCAGUAAUAAGAAAAUCAUGUUUCUGCCGCAGCUGAACUUCAGCUCUGCAGCAAAUUAUCUUCUGCUCCCGUUUCUUCUUCACUGCACAUUUAUUUUAUUAAAGCAGCCUCCGACUCUGUUCCCUGAAAUAUCAUUUAAAGAUCUAAUAAUUAUCAACAUUAUAAAGAAUAAGUCAUUUACACCAACGUGACGGGGGAAAGUGGAAAACUAAAUGUUUUCUGAAAAGAACAUCAUCAUGAAAAGAUUCAAACCUCAUCUGAGAGCUUGCCGCUUUGAUCCCGUUGAAACUCUUGAUCUGUUUGUUUUGUUUUUCAGUUGAGUCUCUCUCUCUGAAGCGUCUGAUUGGUCGUCGUUUGUCGGGGAGGACAGGGAGUCGAAGGCCAUGGCGGGCCGACUCCUCCUCUUCCUGUUCGUCUCUGUGACACUUAGCCAUGCCCACUUCCCCUCUGGCCAGCGCCUCAAGCCCCGCCUCCAGAGAGAUCGCCGCAACAUCCGACCGAACAUCAUCCUGGUGCUGACGGACGACCAGGACCAGGUGCUGGGUUCGAUGCAGGCGAUGAAUAAAACUCGCCGCAUCAUGGAAGAGGGCGGGACUUCCUUUUCCAAUGCCUUUGUGACCACGCCCAUGUGCUGUCCGUCACGUUCGAGCAUGCUCACUGGGAAGUACGUCCACAACCACAACACCUACACCAACAACGAGAACUGCUCCUCGAUGUCAUGGCAACGGCAGCACGAGCCACGCAGCUUCGGGGUCUACCUCAACAACACGGGAUACAGGACAGCCUUCUUCGGGAAGUACCUGAACGAGUAUAACGGCUCGUACGUCCCCCCCGGCUGGAGAGAGUGGCUCGGUCUGGUGAAGAACAGUCGAUUCUACAACUACACACUGAGUCGCAACGGAGUCCGAGAGAAACAUGGAGCCCAGUACCCACAGGACUACCUGACCGACCUGAUCACAGCUGAGUCCAUCAGAUACUUCCGCUCCUCAAAGAGGAUCUAUCCUCACCGCCCGGUCAUGAUGGUCCUGAGCCACGCCGCCCCGCACGGACCCGAGGACUCUGCACCGCAGUACAGCACGGCGUUCCCCAACGCAUCGCAGCACAUCACUCCCAGUUAUAACUACGCUCCAAACCAAGACAAGCACUGGAUCAUGCGUUACACCGGCCCCAUGAAGCCCAUCCACAUGGAGUUCACCAACGUGCUGCAGAGGAAACGACUGCAGACGCUGCUCUCUGUGGAUGACAGCAUGGAGAAGCUCUAUAACAUGCUGCUGGAAACCGGCGAGCUGGAGAACACUUACAUCAUCUACACGUCAGAUCACGGCUACCACAUUGGACAGUUUGGCCUUGUCAAAGGUAAAUCCAUGCCGUACGAGUUCGACAUCAGAGUCCCGUUCUUCAUCAGAGGACCCAACGUGGAGCAAGGCAGCAUUAACCCUCACAUGGUCCUGAACAUCGAUCUGGCUCCGACCAUCCUGGACAUCGCCGGACUCGACACUCCCCCGGACAUGGACGGGAAGUCGAUUCUGAGUCUGCUGGACACUGAAAAGCCUGCUAACAGGUUUCAAGUGAACAAGAAGCCCAAGUUGUGGAGGGACUCGUUUCUGGUGGAGAGAGGGUAAAUAUAACAGCUGGAGACACUCUCUCUCUCUCUCUCUCUCUCUCUCUCUCUCUGUCUUUCUCUCUCUCUCUCUCUCUCUCUCUCUCUCUCUCUG